CAAAAUUGGCAGCACUAUAUCGCAAGAGCAUUGAGACACACCGACAUAAUUUGAACGUGUCAGAUCGCAAGCUCAUGAACAUGUCGCAUAUGUGCACGGAUGCGAUUUGGGGUGCUGUGGUGCAAACUCUCGAUCGCGCCCAGGAGACCGCACAACAGGUCGGUGACAAGGAAACCGACAAGGCCACCGCCUCCAUGACGAACAGGCAGAUCAAGGACGAGGCAGAGCCCGAGCGCCCUGAGAAGGCCACCCAGCAGUCGGUGUUUGAACGCCAUCCUGACAGGGUCCACCGGAGUAUCGACGAGGUACUUGAGGACACAAAGACUUUGGAAGAACAAGUGAAGCUCAAAGAGCGCAGCGAGGAUCUCACAGCUGAGAAGCUGACGACUAUGAUCCAGGAGACGCUCCAUGUUGGAACGAACAAGAAGACGGACAGUACCACGGCGAGCAAGGGAAAAAUGCCUGUGGUAUAUAAUACGGAGCCAGCUAAGGAGCUAAGCAAGAAGGAAGGUAUCGCUGGUAUCACGAACAAGCAGGAGCAGCAAGAUGCCACCGGCCACUGCAUUCAACAAUCCACCAAGAAGACUGGCGCUCAAGACCAGACUGGCAACAAGGCAGUCGAGGAGGGCUCAACUACCAAGAAGCAAAAGUACAAACACAAGAGGUACAAGAAGAGGAACGGCGGUGACUCGAACGGCGGCUCGAAUAGCAAGGUCGAGGAUGAGGCUCCGAAGACCAAGCACAAUGCAACGAUCAGCGGUGACUUUAAGAAGGGUGGCUAGACUGGCGUUGGAUGACUUGUCAGUGUUACUUCCGUGGGUUGAAACGCCGUUUAGCAUUUGCAGGAGUUGAGUUGAGUUAGGGAAGUUAAUGUAUCGCCUGAAGAGACGAGUGAAGGGCG